AUGGAGAGAGAGGACACCCGCAUUCCAUGGCCAUAUUCCCCCUGCAAUCCUCUCAUUAAAGCCCUCCCAACCCUCACCUGCAUGCACGAGAACGUCAACAAAAAUCCCUCCCGAUUCGAACGUAGAAAAUCCUCCUAUAACCACAGCGCCUCCACCACCAUCCAAGGCGUGCCGGGCGGUCAUACCCUGAUCCGCCACGGCAGCCGAAAAACGCCGUUAACCCAUUCGUCUGCCAUCUCUAUUUUUUCAUUAAAGGAGAUGAAAGAGACAUAUCAUCAAAAGUUAAAAAUGUCGUCGUCCUCUUCUUCCUCUUCACCUUCCUCUUCUUCCGAGUCGGAAAUAGAGGAGCUACGGCGGUUAGAGAAUGCUCCUCCCUUCUGGAAGAAUCCUAAGGCGAAGAGAUUAUCAAAGCAGGUCUCCAUGUUAGAGACACCUCGUGAUAUUGCAUGGGAGAAGCGCCGCCGCCAGAUUUUCAUGCAAGAGCGGAAGAAAAACGACGCUGACGAUUUGACAGACGAGGAUUUGAGCGAGCUAAAAGGAAGCAUAGAGCUUGGAUUUGGGUUCAAUGAAGAACAAGGACAAAAGCUGUGCAACACAUUGCCUGCCCUCGACCUUUAUUUUGCGGUGAACCGCCAGUUUUCGAUGAGCCCUGUACCGAGUCCAAAUAGUACCGAGUCGGCGCCCGCUCUCGGUGGCCGGUCGACGUCGUUUGGGAGCGACUCUGCUGAUUCAUGGAAGAUUUGCAGUCCAGGUGAUGAUCCUCAACAAGUGAAGACAAAGUUGAGGCACUGGGCACAAGCAGUGGCAUGUUCAGUGAGGCAAUCCUUUUGA